GCCUCUUAACCACUGGUGAGAUCCUUCCCUAGCCCAGCCCCAAGUGAUUGCUUUACUUCUACUAAGGCAGAUGCUGCUUUCCUGAUUGCAGAAAUCAAACUGGAGACACACAGUAUUACUCAGCAUCCCAUCAUCUCAGACAUAUAAGUGGAUCUUCCCAUUUAUCCAGAUGCUUCUACGCACAUUCUGCAUCCCCAUAUGGCAUUUACUCUGCUGAUCCCAUCAGCCAUCAUGUGCCCUGCUGCUCUCCAGGUGGCAAUUACUGUCAGCUUGUGAAUAUCAGGGAGGAUCUGCCUGCCCUUUUCCAUGUUGCUUUCUAUCCUUUUGUGGCAUGAUGGCCACCAUCUUGGUUGUGAGAUGGCAUUAGCUAUAAAGAAAUUCAUCAAAACAACCUAUAUUAUCUAUCUGGAGCUGAAGAAGGUUCCCACCAGAGAACCAGAGAUCAUCUUCUUAGAUGAAAAUAUACAGCUGCGCUUGGGGAAUGAGGUAAACACUGUGAACCAACAGCAGCAGGCAACUUUUGAAACAUCUCAGCGCAUUGCUCAUGGGAAGGAGAGACGCUGUGUGCUGAAAAGGAAAAUCAGACGCAAAGUGGUGGAGGAGAAGGUUCUAACUGGUGAACUAGAGCCUGAGCCCCGUAUUAUAAUGGAGGAGGCAGAAAGCAUCACCCUGCAACAGGAGGAGGAAAAAGAAAAUAUCAGGGCAGAAGGGGAAAGCGCAAAGACAUAUCGUGGUUUUAAUACAGAUAUCUCCCCACAACAGGAAGAGAAGAGCGACUGUGAGAUCUAUGAGGAAUCUGGUCCCCUGGCUACAGUUACCAGCCAGAUCCUUGUAGCUGUGGCUGGUCUGAGAGACACAGUGAAAACCAAUGCUCGGGCAGCUGCAAUAAUGUUGACCUCAGUCCUGAAAGAGCAGAGGCACAAUAUUAAGGAAAAGGUGCCAGAGAUCAUGGAUAUUAUUUAUUUCCACCUGCAGGCUAUCGAGGAGGCCAGUGCCAGACAGACAGCUAUGGGUGCUGUGUGUUUACUAGCUGAAAAGCACACAAGAGAAGUAGUCUCAGCCCUACUGAGACUCUCGCUCCCAUGUGACAGCCAUGUCAGUCAGAUCUGGGAGGCCCUAGGCAGAGCCAAAAAAAGUGUCAGUCUCCGGGUGCUUGCUGAGCUCCUGGAGAUGCUAAAAAGAAGACCAUGCCUCAAGAAGAGUGAAACCUCUGAGUCAAGAAAUAGCUUUGAGGAUAAUGCCUCUCUUUUGCCUCUAGCUGCAACAAGGGCCCUGUGCAUAAUAUUCAGUAAUAAAGAAUGCACAGUGCCUAUGGAUGCCUUUUAUGUAUCUGUGUUAAUCUUCCUGAUCAUUCAGCUGCAUUACCUGGUGAGCCUCCCAAAGGUUGUGUGUGGCUGGGAGGACAGGUUCCAAACAUCCAGCUUUGUGAGCUGUGCAGUGGAGGCUCUGAAAGCUGUGAUUAAAAGAGAAAAAUCCUCUUUGAUGCAAUCUGUGAGUCUAGCAGGAGGCUGGGACCUUUUAUCCAUGCCAGAGACUUACCUGGAAGGAGUUCUCCUUCUGGCUAGAGCCAUUGUAAAACACUACCGGAGCCUGGAUUUUGCUGUGUUUACCAAGGUGUCCCCUCUCCUGCACCAUGGGGAUGACAAACAGAAGCUGACCGCAAUGGCCUUGUUCACUGGGCUUCUCUCUACUGAGUCCACAUAUGUGACACUAAAAAAGCAAUAUAUUCUGGGCCACCUGAAGAACUGGCACAUUGACCCAAGUCCUACUGUCCGUUGGCUUGGUCUUCUUGGACUUGGAAAUGUUGCACUUCAUCUGCAGAAGCAGAAAGAAGUCAAAGCUCUGCUUACUGAUAUCCUGGAGACUUUUAAUGACCCUGAGGAGAAGGUAAUUCUGAUGGCUUUUGAAGCUGCUACCAAAAUUGUCACCCGCCACAAGCACAAGGGCCAUCUUGGCACAGAAUUUGUGAAAACUGCCAGACAGCUUCACCCAUUCCUGGCUGACGAGAGGCAAAAAAUAUGCUGUGCUGCAACUGAGCUUUUUGGGGAUCUGCUCAGGGCCCUGAAUAGGAAAGAUAAAUCCCUCAUGCAGGAGCAGGUCCUCAGCAGUAUGGUCCCACUGCUGCUGAAUCUGCAGCAACAGCAUCCUGAUGUGAUCAAGAGUUGUACAGACACCUUACAGGAGUGUAAAGUCUUCUUGGGAUGGACCUUAAAUGACAACCAGGAGUCCUGGGACACUCUCUGUGAGCAUCUUAUCGAGCAAUACCCAGGAAGACUAUGGAGCUUCUUACACCAGGCCCAAGAGUAUCUCAGAAGCCCAUGGACUUCUUCAGGAAGAGCUGCCGGCAUAUUCAUAGACGUCAUAAUCCAGCAUAUGGAAUACAGCCUAGUGAAAAAGGAAGCCAUGGAUUUAUUGCAGUGUGUUCUUGUGGAUUUGCUGUUUGAUUCUGAGGCCUCUGUCCACACCAUGAUCACCAUCCACCUCAAGAUAGAUCAGGAAUCAAUAACGUGUGCAAUUCUCAGUGAAAAUUAUCUUCUCCAUCUUCCUAGAACUUUAUUUUAUAAUAGUAACAUCCAGCAAUUAACAAUUCAGUCAACUAUUGCCAGCAUUCCUCUGUUAGAUCAUCAUGUCAGAGAAAUUGCCUUGUUUGUUUGUUCUUUGGGGUUGUUUUUCUGUAAAAGUUGGACAAUUCAACCAAGAAUGUUCACUGAUGUUUGUGAUGGGAGGUAUCAAACCCACGCUGGGCCAGAAGGGGUUAAUAAGAACCUGUGGGCUCAAUCAGCCUUGCCCUGCUAUACUGGCAAUAGGUGUCACACCUAGAGGAGGGAGUUAAAAGGACAGAACCCAGGCCUGUUGGGGGCUGACCAGAAAGAAAAGCGAAUUGCUGACUCUCACUCAGUGAGAGAAGCCUGGCUGAAGUCAGGAUGCUGAGUGGGACUGCUGGCAGACAGAACAUCCAUGAAGGAAGGUAGCCCAAGGCAGUUGGGAAGGAGAGUGGGAGGAAGUGAGUCCUCUAGGAUUCUCCCUGGAGGGCGGGGUCCUGCAGAGAGCAGGAAAACUCCAGCUGAGUCAGGAACUGCCCUGCCAGGGGAACAGAGAAACCUCUCCGGCAGCAGAACUCACUGCUUGGGCAGAAAGCACCAAGAAGCUCUACAGUGAGCCUGGGAAGAGACUUAAAGAAAGAGGAGCUGAUACCCUGUGAGCCCAAGAGGAGUCUGUGGCAGAGGCACAAGAUAGAGCAAGGUAGGAGAUGGUCCAGAGAGGCAGCCAAGGGUCUGUGUAGUCAGGCCUUGACUGCUUGUUAAAGGGUCCCUGAACCAGAACUCAGUGGAGAGGGAUGGCCUGGGUUCCCCUACUGAAGAAAGUGGAGCUGAAACCCCUUGACGAGAGCUAAGGCCUAUUGAAACCCCAUGAUAGCAGAGGUAAGUCAGGAGUCAGACCUAAGUUCUAA